AUGUCGAAUUUCUCGGAAGGGCUCGAUGAGGGAAUAAGAAUAUAUGGGUGUGGGUACGCAGGUGCAUAUCCUUUUUUUGCCUUGGAUUGGGAGAAUGAGAAUGAGAAUGAGAGGAGGGUGGAUGGGGGUGGGGAUGAGGGUGCGGGUGCGGGUGCGAGUGCGAGUGCGAAGAAUAUGAAUGGGAAUGUGGAUGUGGAUGGUUAUUCUAGCGGAAAUGGGAAUGGAAAUGGAAAUGGAAAUGGAAAUGGGAAUGGAAAUGGAAAUGGAAAUGGAAAUGGAAAUGGAAAUGGAAAUGGAAAUGGAAAUGGAAAUGGAAAUGGAAAUGGAAAUGGGAAUGUGAGUGGACAUCAGAUGGGUAAGGCGAGACAACAUCAUGUAAGGCAUAUUUCUUCGGCUACGACGUUGAUUGUGGCGAGAGAGGAGGAGGAUGAGGGGGAUAAGGUGCGAGUUCCGGAGAAGGUGUUGAUUAUUGGGAAGGCGGGGGAUGGGGAUGGGGAUGGGGAGGAGAGAGGUGAGAAGAAUGAUGAUGGGGAGUUGGGGUUGAAGAGGAAUGCGACGGGUUUGUCGAUGGGGGGGUUGGAGGUGUUGGUUAGAGAUGAGGAUAUAGAGCUUGAGGGUGGGGAGGUGGGGAGAUAUGGGAAUGGAGAUGGGAAUAGAGAUGGGAAUGGGAAUGGGAUAGAGGAGGUGGGGGGGAGAAUAGGAAAGGUUUUGAGGUGGGAUGAAGUUGCGGAAUGGAGACAAGAUAACGAAUAUAUUCUCACUGGAUAUCGACCCGAAACCAAAUCCUCCCUGCAAUCCUUCAGAAGUGUAUUUCAUCUGCACAACGAAACGAUAAACAUCCAUUCCCAUCUCCUCGGCGCAGUCCUAUUUGCACUUCUACCCAUCUAUAUAUAUCACACAUUACUCCCUCGCUACCACGAUGCCGCGAUCGCAGAUGUUGUCGUUUUUGCGCUGUUUUUUGGAGGCGUGGCGGUGUGUUUUGGAUUGAGCUUUUUAUAUCAUACCCUCAAUAACCAUAGUCACCACACCGCAGCUUUCUGGAUCGAACUCGAUUAUCUCGGUAUCGUGGCGCUGAUGUGGGGAAGUACGGUUGCGACCAUCUAUCACGGAUUUAUAUGUGAUGUGAAACUCCAGAGAAUCUACUGGUCUAUGAUCACACUCCUCUCUCUCGCUCUCACCCUCUUCACCCUCCUCCCUCCCUUCCGCACCCCCUUCUUCCGUCCCUAUCGCACCCUCAUGUAUGCGGCCCUGGGUCUCUCGGCCGUCAUCUUCAUCGUGCAUUCGAUUGUUCUCUAUGGCAUCGCGUUGCAGUAUAAACGGUUGAGUUUGGGUUGGAUAGUGGGGAUGGCGGGACUUAAUUUUGUGGGGGCCUUGGCUUAUAGUUUGAGGAUCCCAGAAAAAUACUACCCCGGCCGUUUCGAUAUCUAUGGGAAUAGCCAUCAAAUCCUACAUUGUAUGGUUGUACUUGCGGCGCUGGCGCAUUUUGCAGGCUUGGUGCAGAGUUUUGAUUAUUUGCAUUCGGGGAUUGAGGAGUGUUCUAUUCGGUAG